AUGUGCGGCAUAGUUGGAUAUGUUGGAAGUCAGUCUGCCUGGCCCAUUGUACUGGAAGCCUUGCAGCGCCUUGAGUAUCGCGGCUAUGACAGCGCCGGCAUCGCCGUGUUGGACAGAUUUGGCCAGUUGCGCCUUCGCAAAACGGUAGGCAAGGUUGAUGGACUGACCCAGGGAGACGAGACAGACUACCCCGACGGAACUGUUGGAUUGGGUCAUACCCGCUGGGCCACCCAUGGACCGCCCACAGACGCCAACGCUCAUCCACUUACCGAGUGCCAUCGGCAAAUAGCCGUAGUGCAUAAUGGUAUUGUCGAAAACUACCUCGAACUCAAGCAAGGCCUUCAGCAGCAGGGCCACACCUUUUCAUCGGAAACCGACACUGAGGUUAUUGCCCACCUCAUCGAGGAGGGCAUGAGAGAAGGGUUACGGUUCCCCGAAGCCUUCAGACAGAUGGGUCGGCGUCUCGAAGGUUCUCAAGCCAUAGCAGCGGUUUGCCAGAGAGACCCCGACAAGGUCUGUGCAUUGCGAGUAGGCCAUGCCGGCGGGAUUGUUGUAGCUCACCGCGACGGUCAGGGGAUAGUAGGCAGUGACCUGCCGGCGGUUUUGCCAAUUCUUCGUCAGCGUCCGGGUCCUGUGGCUUACCUGGAAGCUGGAGAAAUGGCUGAGGUAACUCGCCUGGGAGUCCGAGUAUUUGACCUCGAAGGGAACAGCAUCUUCAAGGAAAUGCGCACCGUUUUCCCGCAAGAUGCGUUGGUGGACCGGGGUGGUUACCGGCACUUCAUGCUUAAAGAGAUCAUGGAGCAACCCCAGGUGGUGGCCGGCGCCCUUCGCGGUCGGGUCAACUUCGAUGCAGGCCGGGUGGAACUGCCGGACUUCCCAUUUCUUGAGGACGAGAUAAGGGACUUCCGCCGGGUUGUGUUGACCGGAUGUGGUACCAGCUUGCACGCGGCCCAUGUAGGUCGCUACCUCAUAGAACGCUUUGCCGGCUUGCCAGCCGAGGUAGAAAGCGCGUCGGAGUACCGUUACCGGGAGCCAUUUCUCGACUCGGACACUUUGGUGGUCGCUAUCAGCCAGUCCGGCGAAACGGCAGAUACUAUUGCCGCCAUGCAGGAUGCUAAAGAGAGGGGCGCUAGAUUAUUGUCCAUCUGCAAUUCCGAAGAAAGCCAGGCGGCACGUCUGGCAGACGGUUCCCUCUACAUGGGAUGUGGUAUGGAGAUCGGCGUUGCCAGCACCAAGACCUUCAUAGCCUCAGUUACCAUUCUCUUCCUGCUAGGCAUUUACCUGGGACAAGCCCGGGCGCGUCUCUCGCCUGAAGUGCGUAGGGACUUGAUUGCCGAUUUGGCAAGCACCCCCCGCCUGAUAGGAGAAAUGCUGGCUGACGUAUCGCAAUACAAGGUGCUGGCGCAGAAAUUCAGCGGCUACAACAGUUUUCUGUAUUUGGGAAGAGGCAUAAACUCCGCUAUAGCUCUUGAGGGAGCCCUGAAACUCAAGGAGGUCAGCUACAUUCACGCCGAGGGCUACCCUGCCGGCGAAAUGAAGCACGGCCCCAUUGCUUUGAUAGACCGGAAUAUGGCUACUUUGGCCCUGGCCCCGCGGGACCGCCUGUACGACAAGAUGGCCGGCAACAUAAAGGAAGUGAAGGCCCGGCGGGGAAUUGUCCUGGGUGUCUUGACGGAAGGCGAUACUGAGUUGGCAGCCGAAGUCGAUGACACAUUAUUUCUUCCCACGGCCCCCGAGCAUCUUUACCCCCUUCUGGCCACUGUUCCUUUGCAAUUGUUGGCCUAUUACAUAGCUCUGGACCGGGGUUGCGACGUCGAUCAGCCUCGCAACCUGGCCAAAUCGGUUACAGUGGAAUAG